CCUCCGAUUGCCCUCCAAAUUGUGCAUAAUCACAAAUUACCAUUUCAGACAGGUCGCCGUUACAGUGAAAAGGGUACUCCUUCAUAGUGAUAGAUAAGAAGAUGAGAGAUUUCUGAAAAACCCAAAACCCUCAUAGACAAUAGAGAAAACGAAGAACGAUGGCUUUGGAGCGGACGCUGUUGUCAUUCUCCACUUGUAGUAACAUCUUCCUCCGAGUUCCAGGGAACCCUAUCUCAAACUUCCGAGGCCCUGCGUUGUCCCCAACCCACUUUCCCUUUUAUCCACGGGCAGAUACUGAACGAUUUAGCUUUAUUCGCAACUUGAGAUGCUCGGUUCAUUUCAGAGACAACCACUUCAAUCAGGUAGUAGAAUAUGCUAAACCGGCGGAGAUUCCAUGGAAUAAGGAGCUCUGUAACGCAGUGCAUUUGAUUGGUAUUGUUGGGACCCCUGUCGAAAUCAAGCACCUACCCUCUGGCAAGGUCCUUGCAUGGACACGACUCGCCGUCAGGAAAUCCGCCACGGAGACUACAUGGAUCAGUUUGACGUUCUGGGAUGAGCUGGCAGAAGUUGCUUCUCAGCAUGUUGAGAAAGGCCACCAAAUAUAUGUUUUUGGUCGAUUGGUUUCAGAUGUAGUUGAAAGUGAUGGCGGAAAGCAGCAGACCUACUACAAAGUAGUGGUCCAGCAAUUAAAUUUGAUUGAGAAGAGCUCUGUGUCAUCAGCACUAUAUAAUCAUGAUUCUGAUAGCACGGUAGCAAGUCGAAAGUUCGGGAAUAAUGCUGCUAGUACAGGCUCCACAGAAGAACUAUGGCAAGCGUUUUUUGCUAAUCCUUUGGAGUGGUGGGACAAUAGAAAGAACAAGAGGAACCCAAAAUAUCCUGAUUUCAAGCAUAAAGAUACAGGAGAGGCUUUAUGGAUUGAAGGUAAGUAUAAUCCACCCUGGGUGAAGUCCCAGUUAGCAAUAUUGGACGAAAGAAUGGAAGCCUUUCGUGAUCAAGAUUCUAGGAUGGAUGUAAAUGCAAUUGCUGGUGAUGAUUUCAUGCCGUUUUAGCAAUUCGUGGUGCUGUUGACCUAUAUUAUUGCUAUGUGCUAGAGUGUAUCUGCUUUUUUGAAGGCCUUAGUAGGCUUUUGAUUGUAUAGGCUGCAAUGUACAAUCUGUUGUAUGCAAACUGUAAUUCUUCAUAGUUUUCCAACUUUAUGGAACACAGAUUUUCUUGUCA